AUGGACGACGAUUUCGGCGCCGACGAGGACUUUCUAGCCGCCCUCGCUUCCUCAGCUUCGGGAUCUUCACGAUCACACCUAGGCCCUCCGUCUCAACCUGCUCCUACUCGCUCUCGCGUACAGCAGCAUAACCCCCAGAAGAUCCAACAGCCGACACCCCAACGUCUAGACAGGGCGCCGCCGACCAAUACGUCCAACAAUAACAACAAUGGCAAGGUCAUUCAACCAACGCCGCAAGCCUUGCCCCAGCGAGGGUCGGGCUCUGCCAUUAUGGUAUCCCCUCGCCAGAGAGGAAACCCAGUGCUCGCCUCCCUGAAGUCCAUGCCAUGGGAAUAUAGUGACAUUGCAGCUGACUACGCUUUGGGUUUGACAACAUGCGCUUUGUUCUUGAGGUUGGUCCGAUACGCAUUCCAUGUCGUGCUUGCUGCCAUCUUUCUGACCACACCCAGCCUGAAAUAUCAUCGCCUCCACCCCGAGUACAUUUACACAAGGAUAAGGAAUCUCCAAGGAAAAUACAACCUGCGUAUCUUGCUGACAAUGGUCGACAUACCCAAUCACGAAGAAGUUUUGCGCGAGCUCUCCAAAACGUCACUCGUGAACAACGUCACCAUCAUCCUAUGUUGGUCAGCAGCAGAAGCUGCGCGCUAUCUCGAACUUUACAAGUCCUACGAACACGCCAAUUUCAACGCGAUCCGCGGCCAGCAGGCCUCAAGUUAUGCCGAAAAGCUAGUCGAAUUCGUCACCGUCCCACGAAGUGUAAACAAGUCCGAUGCCGUUGCACUAGUCAGCAACUUUGGCAGCCUGAAAAAUGCCAUUAAUGCCGAUCCUGAACAGGUCGGCAUCAUUGCUGGAUGGGGAGCUAUCAAAGUGAACAAAUGGAUCAAGGCAGUAGAGGAACCUUUCCGAGCCCAAAAAGCCGCCAAACGCCAGCUGGAAAGGGUCGAAAGCACCGAAAACGGGAGGCCAGCUCAAGUGUCUAGACUCGACCAAGCCGUUCCUCUCGCCAGAGUCCCGCUGCGGGAGAUGGAGUCAACAAGAGACUCAUCCCUCGGCUCGCCAGCGACAGAUAGAUCGACAAGCGCCCAGGAGAAACGGCCUGCACAGCGCCAAAGGAACAUUGCGGGCCCGGAUGAAGAUGAUGAAGAGGCAAUGAUUGCAGCUGCUAUUGAGGAGUCCAAGCAGACUGCGCAGACGCAUGCAGAAGCACAGACCCGGGCGAAACAAUCAACCAGUCAAAGUAACAAAAACGAUGCACUUCCUGACGGAGUAGCGGCUGCGCUCGCCAAGCUGAGAAAGCAGGGCUGA